AUGCCCUUGCUAUGUCCCUGUCGUCAGUGUAAUUGUCGCUUCGGGACCCAGGAGAUGGUAGGGCAACUCGAAGCUCCUGAGUAUACCGCUCGCUUCAACCACCUGCUGGCGACAAAUGACGUCCCAUUGGAUGAAGAGAUUCACAGCUUCGCAGCGAUUUCUGCAGAAAAGGAGGAGCUGAGAAAUAAAGUCAGACGCCAGAUCACACAUCUCAGAGACUCGACGGAUUACUUGUUAGCUCUGCAAGAGAAGACAGAGUGGGAGACAGCGAACUACAACACCGUCAGAGCUCCUCUUCGACGUCUUCCCGACGACAUGCUCUCCGAAAUAUUCUUUCAAUGCGUGGACGAGAUUGACAUCCAGCAGAACAUCGACCGGAUUGGAAAGGAACAAGAUGUUAUCAGUUCUUUGGAUUAUCGCCGGGCACCGUGGCUUCUGACUAGGGUGUGCAAGCAUUGGCGCGCCGUCGCUCUGUCUCAUCCUCGUCUUUGGUCUAUCAUAAGCGUCAAUACCCCCGGGGGCAUAUAUGCCGGCAGCUUGACGCAUAUGCAAGCUUUGGAACUGCAACUCCAGCGCUCCGGUACAUGCCCAUUAUCCGUGGCACUAAGGAGCACCACAACGCUCGCGUCCUCUCAUACUCUACAGCUUCUCAUUUCAUCGUCGCCGCGCUGGAAGAAACUACUAACGGCGGUCCCGAUACAAGCAUACCGAGAUCUCUGCAAGAUAGAGGGCAACCUUCCUUUGUUGGAAGAAUUCUAUGGUCUCACAACCGUUGGUAUUUAUCAAAUAAACAAUGCGCCUGCUCUCGAAUUCACCGGCCUCCGUGGCGCUCCCAUACUCAAAAAGAUUGCAGGCUCGCCGGGUAUCUUGAGCCAUAUAUCUCUACAUACGCCUCGAAUCACAGCAGCUGAGGUCCUCAGAGCGCGGGCGACGAGUCAAGAGCUUGUCGCAAUUCUCGGUCGACUACCGUCACUCGAACGAUCUUCCCUCAUCUGCAUGCCAGCCACGGAGAGUGGAGACCUUGAGGGUGCCAAUGUGACGUUAGCUCACCUUCGACAUCUAUCCCUUCCAAUGUCGACCAGUAUCCUCGCAGGUCUCACGCUACCAGCGCUCACGACGUUGACUCUGAAGGGAGACAUCUCCAUCGAUACCGUCCUCUCACAUCUUCAGCGCUCCAGAUCCACAGUUCGAGAGAUAACCAUCGCCUUGAAUGAUGUUGCUGAAGCAGAUUGCACUCACCUGCUCAAUGAACUCUCGUCUCUCGAGGUGGUUGUAGUGCUUACAAAAUACGCUCAUACCCCCGCGUUCAUCCAAGGGCUAUUUGAGACUUCGGGCCGUUUUACAGCGCUACGUAGGCUCACGUUGAAGGGAAUAGAAACUAUCGAUCCGGCCAGCCUUGCUCAUGUCAAGGAUGUGCACCCCGGUCUUGUUAUAACUGGAUAG